UAAUUGGGCCAUAAUGAGCACGUACCAUAAGAUUUAAGUGGAAAUCGUAACAAUUGUAAUUUGAUAUAUUUACUCGUACUCGUAUGUGCAUGUGUCUACUAUGUGUUUUUUAUGUAACUGACUGUGUAUAUGUUCGUAUGUAUGUGUGUGUAUAUGACAUAUACAUACAUACCUAUACUGAAGCAAAUUCAACGUCUAACGAAAUACUAUACAUAUAUAUUAUAUACAUAUAUACUAUAUAUGAGAAAGCAUAUUAUACUAUAUGUAAACCGAAUAAAGUGUAAAGUAUUUAUCGUUGUAAUUGCAAUCACUUUUUAUGAGCCAACAUUUAUGUAAUAGACAUCCCUGACUCCUUAAUAUCUUUCUUAAUUAUUUAAGUCUAUAGAUUACAGACGUGAACUUUGGCAUACUUAAUGAUGAACAGCUUGUCAUUGAUUCCCGAAACUUUCAUUGCAAUCAAAAGAUCUUUUGAGAUAAUCAUCUGGCACUAGCUCAAGCAAGACUGACUGAUUGACUGUCAGUUGGCAGCAUUAUCAAAGCAAAGGGUCGCGUGGGCAAGGUCAGGUCAACUCGCAUAAUUGUGGGCCAUUUAUUGAUUCAACAUUUGGCCAGAGAUUGUGGCAUUGCCAGGACGACGACAACGACAAGCCAAGUCAGGCGGCAGGCAGCAAAUGCCAUCAUAAUAAAUCUAUAUAAUAAUCAUUUGCGGUUUUAUGGCAAACCGCGACGCACUUAAGCAGUCAGUAAAUUUGUGAGAACACGCCACAUCGACAUGGCCAGCGCAGCGAGAAAUUGGUCGGGUUUGGUUACGCUUUGCCUGGGCCAGGAACGUGAGAAGGUACUGCGAUUGAUUUUGUGAUUACCUACACCCGAAAUUCGCGACAUGAAAACAUGGAUACUUUAUGUGUGUUUAAUGAACAGAUGCUUGUUACCAGCAAUUUUCGUGGUGGGGGAUUCCGUAGUUUAACCCAAAAUUUGGCCAAGUCACGCAUGCAUAUACAUAUGUACUAUAGUUGUUGCUCCACGUGCAGUUCAUCCAGCCAACCAGCACAUGUAAUGUAAUCCGAUUUUCCUUUUUAUCCGACACUUUCGUUUUGUCACCAUGCAGAGGCAGGUGAGCAGCCAGCGCGCAUCCCUGACCAAGUCGAAUGUGGCCGCCGCCUUGUGUGCUCCUCCAAAGGCUGCCAUACGGUAUCUGCCCACGUAUCGGCUGGAUCCGAAGAACCCCUUGAAUAAGGAACGCUUGGAAAUUGCCAUGAAGGAAAUCAUGCAUAGGAAUUACAACGAUGAGUACUUGUUUCAUCCCAAACAAUCGUAUCACUUGGCUGCCCAGGUCAGCGAAGAGAUCAAGAGCACCAUCAAAUUGUUCAAUUUCGAUAGAUAUCGAUAUAUUGUGUUAGUAACCGUUGGAGAGUUGAUGACUCAGGGUCUUUGCUCCAUGGUGAACUUCCUGUGGGAUGCCGAUAAAGAUGGAUAUGUUUCAUACGCCAUCAAGACACCGAAAUAUUUUGCACUCUGCACCAUAUUUUACUUGUACUUAGAUUGAUAACUGAAAGUUUCAUAUGUAUAUUUGUAUAAGAAUGCAGGAAAUGUGUAGUAACUCAAUGUCGAUAAGAUUCUAAGAAUAAAAGCAUUACAUUUGAAAAAAUUGAGCUGAAAAUUAAUGAGAUUACUAUUUAUAUACACUUAUAUAUAAUUUAUUUUGCUUUUUUUGUAAUUAAGUGCUUUCUUCGCUAGAAUCAUUUUU